UUGUUAUAUAUUACUUCAUGUUAAGUUUACGAAACUUCUUUUUUUUUCUCAGGAAACGUAAUACGAAAAUUAAACUUAUCGACUUUGGCAGUGCGGCAUUCAGCGGCUAUCAGGUGUAUACGUAUAUUCAGAGUCGGUUUUACAGAUCCCCUGACGUUAUACUUGGUAUUCAUCCCUUUACCACGGCAAUUGAUAUGUGGAGUCUCGGGUGUAUUCUGGCUGAACUAUUUCUGGGUCUCCCACUUUUUCCUGGCAGUUCUGAAAAAGAUCAACUAACGCGGAUAGUGUCCCUUAUGGGGUCGGGAUU